AUGCAAUGGAGAGCAACCGAGGAUGUCUUCGUGUUCUCCAGCGAUACCGACUUGGGAGCCGUCACCCCUACAAAGCGAGGCAUCUUACGGUGCGUUAUGAGUCAGUUUGAUCCGUUGGGGCUUCUUUCCCAUUUCCUCAUCCAUGGCCGCGUUAUCAUUCAGGAUAUAUGGCGCACAAAAGCUGGUUGGGACGACGUGGUAGGCGAGCCAAUCCUUGAACGAUGGCAUUUGUGGGUAGCCAAAUUCAACGACCUGAAAGCUGUUCGUAUACCUCGUGCCUAUUUUCCGGGCGUAACGGCAUCGGAAAUCGAGGACUUGCACUUGCAUAUAUUUGUCGACGGCAGCGAGACUGCCUAUGCUUGUGUCGCCUACUUGAGGGCCACCAUCCAUGGAAAGUUCCAGUGUGCACUUGUCGGAGGAAAAGCGAAAGUAGCACCUUUGAAAACGUUAUCCAUCCCGAGGCUGGAGCUGCAGGCGGCGUUAAUAGGCUGUAGGUUGAUGAAAACGUUAUGCAGCAGUCACAGUCUCCCAAUAUCGCGACGAGUGAUUUGGACCGAUUCAAAAACCGUCCUUUCGUGGAUCCAUUCUGAUCAUCGUCGCUAUCGACAGUUUGUCGCCUGCCGGAUAGGAGAAAUCCUCUCCAAGACAAACAUUGAGGAGUGGCGGUACGUUCCAUCGAAAAUCAACGUCGCGGAUGAUGGAACCAAGUGGGCUAGUGGACCAAACCUGAAACCCGACAGCCGUUGGUUCAAAGGCCCGGAGUUUCUAUGGGCACCAGAGGAGGCUUGGCCACAACAAGUAAAACCAGAGGAAACCGAAACCGAAGCUCGACCAUGUCACAUCCAUAUAGCAGUGCAACAUGACGAAAUCAUUAACUGGGAACGCUUUUCGAAGUUCGAGAGGCUCCAAAGAACAGUUGCAUACAUCCACCGCUUCACAGACAACUGUAGACGCAAGGCGGCAAAACAACCACUGCAAUCCUCGCACAUUACCCAGGAAGAAAUCUAUAGAGCUGAAAAUACCCUAUGGCGAUCGGCGCAGCUAGCUGAGUUUCCGGAAGAGAUGGUUCGACUCCAGAUGACAAAAGAUGGACGAAAAUCGAAACUCAACCAAGGUAGCCGUCUUUACAAGCUAUCACCGUUCAUCGACGAAUGGGGAGUAGCGCGAAUGGACACUCGAAUCGCUGGGGCAAUCUUCGUUCCGCACGAUACUAGAUUCCCAAUCAUCCUCCCGAAAGGUCAUCGCCUCACCAACCUGGUCGUAGUGUGGUAUCACCGACAUUAUCUGCAUGCGAACAAUGAAACCGUUAUCAACGAGGUCCGCCAGCGAUUUCACGUACCCUGUCUCCGAGCACUAGUCAGGAAACUCUCCAGAACCUGUAUGCAGUGCAGAGUGUCAAAGGCAAAACCGCUGUGCCCACGUGAAGCACCACUUCCUGAUGCGAGACUCAGUCCAUAUACUCGACCGUUCAGCUAUGUUGGACUGGACUACUUCGGUCCCAUUCAAGUCAAGGUCGGACGUUCUCUGGCCAAACGAUGGGUGGCGCUGUUUACGUGCCUCACCAUUCGGGCCGUCCAUCUGGAGGUGGUACACUCCCUUUCCACUGAAGCCUGUAAGAUGGCGAUACGACGAUUCGUAGUGCGGCGUGGAUCACCCUUGGAGAUUAGAAGUGAUAACGGCACCAACUUCCUCGGAGCCAACCGUGAGCUACAGCAUCAGAUCCUGGAUAUGAACCAACAGCUAUCCGCCGUGUUCACCAACGCUGCCACCAAGUGGGUAUUCAAUCCUCCGUCCGCUCCCCACAUGGGUGGUUCGUGGGAGAGGCUCGUCCGGUCGAUCAAGAUCGCCUUUUCGUCCCUGAAUAGCAGCAGAAACCCGGACGACGAAACUCUUCUCACAUUGCUGAUCGAAGCGGAAGAGAUAGUCAACUCUAGGCCUCUGACAUUUGUAUCACUGGAAGCGGAAUCGCAAGAAGCUCUCACGCCAAAUCAUUUUCUGCUGCUGAGCUCGCAGGGAGUUACUCAACCUCCGAAGCCUAUAUCUGGAUGUCCUGAAUCUGUUCGGACCAACUGGAGACUGACCACUAACCUCGUGGACCAAUUUUGGAGCCGCUGGGUGCGAGAGUAUCUCCCGACCAUUGCUGGUCGUACCAAAUGGUACGGAGAGGUGAAAGAACCGAAAGUUGGAGACCUAGCUGUCGUCGUGGAUCCGUCUGUCCGAAACGGAUGGCUGCGAGGACGUAUUGUUUCCGUAAUAAAGGGGAGAGAUGGGCGAAGCAGACAAGUUCAAGUGAAGACGUCAGGAGGAGUGAUGCGACGACCAGUGACUCGGGUUGCCAUCUUGAACAUCAAGGCCUCGGAAAACACUGAAGCAGGAAGUAACGCAGUACCACCGGACUCGAUGGACGUGCAUUACGGGUAG